ACCAGUUAAACGGUUUCAGCGGGUAAGUGGAAGUAAACUGCUGCAGCUGUAACGUCCGGGACAAGAUUGAGUAGAGGCUAUAAACGUUAUAAACGUGGCGUUAUUUUUCAUACGCUGUGAAGAUAUUUGUGUCUCAGCAUGCGAUAAAGACCUUUUUUUGAAGACUGGGAUAAACAGCGACAUUUUCAUUUCUUCAUUAACGCGGAUUUAACAGGCCCUCACCAUGAACUCCGUACUGUCAUCUGUGCGCUCGCUAAUGCAAACCUUUGAUGACAAAGUACAAGAAUUCAUCAGUGACAUUGACAAUGUCCACAUGGUUUGGCUUCGAGAGAUCCAACAAGAAGCUGAGCACAUGUUCUCAAGGCAUUUCGGGGACUUGAUGCCCAAAACGCCCUCACAGAAAAAGAACAGUAGAAGGAAACGUGUUUCCAUGGGUCGUCAGGAAGACGGUCAAUCAAAACGGAGGUUUUCAAAAGGAAGGCGCAGUAACCUCCGUGGCUCCUCUGUCAAGUCUCUGAACCUCAUUGCCGAAGAGGAAGCUGCUGCUGAAUGUUCUGCCUCUGAGGCAAGGGCCUCCCCUCAGCCUAAACGCACCACUCGUAAAAACCAACAGACUCAGCCAGAGGUAACGGAGGACUCACUCUCUGGCCAGUCUGACUCUGAUAAUGCCAAGAACAAGAAGCCCGAGCUGCUGGAGGAUGAGACGGACAAUAAAGAAGUGGCCAGUACAGGAAAAAUCUCUCCUAACAAUUCAUGUGAUGAUGCUGAGUCUCUGUCUAAGGUGACUUUAACCAAAGCUGUAGUCAGGAUGACCUCCACAGACCGCUCGUCUGCGGAGCUGGCAAAGGACCCAGAGUUGUCUCCCGGACGCACAGCCUCUAAAAUCACCAUAACAGGGUCCACUGAAAGCUCAUGCCGGAGCUCUGUGCGCUGCUCCCUGAAGCUUCGCCACUCCCUGGCUGGUCUGCGCCACAGCAUGACGCAGGAGUCCGUUCGCCGGGCCUCUCGUCGCUCCAUGAUGAAGAGGAAGGCAGCACGUGCAGGAACCUCUACAUGCAGCAGCGACAUUAGUGAGGACUCAUGUGUGGACUCAGUGGAUGAAGAGAAACAGAAGGCUCUCACAGAAGCUGUACCUGCAGACAUGGAGGAUGAGGCUCCGGAGGAACCAUCAAAGAGCCCAGAGAAAGUUCCUCCCGCUUUUCAACGUGUGACUCGCUCUGUGGCGGCUAACUCGCCCGCACUAGCUCCUGAACACGGGGUUGGCACACCUGUCAAGAGAGCAGUUGAUGGCACACAGUCCGGCAGGAGGUCUCAGAGCACCAAACGUAAAGCACCAGACUCUAUUGAAGAAAGUCCUUCAAAGAGGUUAACACCGCCCAAGAAGAGUCACAGUGUAAUCAAGCCCAACAUGAAAUCUUUUCUCCACACUGUGCAGAAGAAUCAGAUGCUAAUGAUGACACCAAAUUCCCUGGCCCGAACAGGGGUCAUCAAGUCCUUUGUGAAAUACACCACUCCGGUGAAAGUCGAUCCUAAGUCUAAUGCUGGUAUUGUGACCAAGGAACGUUACAAAUUGGAAGCACUUAAAAAGAAGCAAGAGCAAGAAGAGGAGAGGAUGAAAAAGGUUGAGGAGGAGAAGAGGAGGAAACAGGACGAACUGAAAAAGAAACGGGACGAGAGGCUGAAGCGGGUGUUUGAGCUCAAAGUUAAAGAGGAGCUGAAAGAGGAAGAAAAGAAAAAGAAGAUUGAGCAGAAGAUGGCUCAGAUUGAUGAGAAAAAUGAUAAGCGUUUAGCAGAUGAGAAAGCCAAGAGGAAAGUGGCUGUUAAACGCCAGGAGGAGCUAGAGCAAAAGAAGAAGUUGGAGGAAGAGGCUCGAAAAAAGAAAAUCCAACAAGCGGAGGAGGAGAAGCGGCAGCAGGAGCUACUGGCCAAAAAGAAGGCAGAGGAGGAAGAACAGAAAGCUCGUAAGUUGGCUGAAGCUCGCAAAGCUCUGGAGCUCAAGAGGGAGCAGGAACGGGAGAGAGAACUGGAGAGAGAGCUGGAGAGAGAACGACAGGCUGCCGCUGAAAGGGAGCGUCUGGAAAAAGAGAAAGCUCUCGCUUUGCAGCGUGAAGUGGAGAAAGCAGCGAGAGAGAAGGAGAGAAGAGAACUGGAGGAGAAAAGAAGGGCACUUGAAGAAAAAAGAAAACGGCAGGAGGAGCAGCUGAGGUUAGCUGCAGAGAAAGCAGCCAAAGAGAGGGAAGCUGCACAGAAAGCUGCUAAAGAGAGGGAAGCUGCAGAGAAAGCUGCCAAAGAGAGGGAAGCUGCCAAGACAAAAGCUGCAGCCAGUCUGAACGUGACUGUGGAUAUAGAGAAAUCUGUGUUGAAAACACCUGUCGGAAAAGGUGGAGGCCUCAACGUGACCAUUGACCUCGAAAAUUCUCCACAGUCCUACGUCAUCACUCCCAAGGGUGGCAACAAACCUCUGUUCAAGUCCAAAAGUCUGGAAGACUACGGGAUGGACCAGAACAGUGACGAUUCUACUGAUGACGAGUCGGCCCCAAAGAAACCUAUUCCAUCCUGGGCUGAAGGUCCGAACCUGCAGAAGAUAAUAAUGACACAGUAUUUCAACCCACCUGACUUUGACUCCUUCUUUGGGAGGAUUGACCCCCCCAGGCUCGAAAACAUCUUUUACAAAACCAAGCCUCGUUAUUUUAAACGUACCAGCUCGGCUGUGUGGCACUCCCCUCCAAACCUGAAGUAACUGUACACUGUAUAUACGGACAGUGAUGUGUUUAGUUGGGAUUUUUGUGUGUCUCUAUGUAGUCUCUUUGCAAUAAAGUCAUGUUUUCUAAAAUAUGUUAUUAUUAAAUGUCUGUUAAGGAUUUUAGAAACGUCUGUUCCAUUGUGUAAAAUAUCUUUCUUGAGACUGAAGCUUCAGUCUUGAAUGAUUUGUCGGUGAUGGGAUGUGGAUGUUCAAUUUUGCCCAAUCAGUGAAACUAUAUGUGCAGGAUGUGCUCUGACUGUAACUGGUAGAUUUUCCACACAAUUAAACAUUUAAUCAC